AUGUCGCCAUCAUCCGUACCCGCGCACGAACCAAAACCCACUGUUCUCUGCCCGUGUAAGCGCUUCGAGGCAGAUCACUGGCGCACGUCCUUAUGCAUGUUUGGCCCUGACGCAGACGCGAAGAGCGCGCGCAAGCGCGCCAAGUACUUGCUCGCUCUGCGCACUGGGAACGAUACCGUCGAUGACUCCAUGAGUGGACUUACAAACGAUCAACUCCGUGUCCGAUAUCGUGCGCGACAGGUCUCUCUGCAGACCGAGCUUGAAAGCAUCCGUGCGAAGCUCGAAGACUUGCGCGUCGACAGCGGCAAGGAGAUUUGCCGCCUGGAGGCUGAGCUGGUCGUGGCGAACGCUAGCGCUACCAGACUCAUGGAUCUAGCUGAGAAACUUCGCGCUCAUCAGCAAGCCCUUGAGGUGACGCGCCUUCGACUCGAGGAUGCCCUCGGUGCCGCUGAGAAAGAGCGAGAGGGGCUCGCUCGCUCGCACCAGGACACGGUGGAUGAGCUGCUCCUCCAACUCGAUAGCGCUCGCAAGACCGCCAAGGGAGAUCUCCAGGCGCUUGCUCGCGAGCAUCAGGCAGCCGUUGAUGAGCUCCGCCUUGAGCUCGCGACCGUCAACAGCGAGCGUCAGGACCUCAUUAGCGAGCACCAGAGGACUGUCGAAGGAAUGCGUAUCGCACUCGAGGCCGCACGCGGAACUGCCAGCAGUGACCGCCAGACCCUUGUUCGCGAGCAUCAGAGAGCCGUCAAAGAGAUGCGCUCGGAGCUUGAGAAGGCCAAGAGGGAGCGAGAGGAGCUCAUCCGCAAGCACCAAAAGAUCGUCGAAGGGUUGCGUAAUGACCUCGAGAUCGCACACGAGACCGCCAGCGGAGACCGCCAGGAGCUUGCUCGCGAGCAUCAGGCAGCCGUUGAUGAGCUCCGCCUUGAGCUCGCGACCGUCAACAGCGAGCGUCAGGACCUCAUUAGCGAGCACCAGAGGACUGUCGAAGGAAUGCGUAUCGCACUCGAGGCCGCACGCGGAACUGCCAGCAGUGACCGCCAGACCCUUGUUCGCGAGCAUCAGAGAGCCGUCAAAGAGAUGCGCUCGGAGCUUGAGGAGGCCAAGAGGGAGCGAGAGGAGCUCAUCCGCAAGCACCAAAAGAUCGUCGAAGGGUUGCGCAAUGACCUCGAGACCGCGAGGGAGAGCGCCGCAAAAGAGUAUCAGGCCCGUCUGAUACUUCUUGACCAACUCGACGCUAUGAAACCGCCGCAAAACGAGUUUGAGUUAUACGACAAGCGAUGGAAGCGUAUCAAGGCAGCCACAGUUCCCAUUGGCGCACUGUCUCUUGAUGUCUUCCCUUGGCCCGUCCACGACUUUGCAGGAGAGGCUAGUCUUACGGAGGACGCCAUCCAUUCCUUUCUUCUCGAUCCGAAGCGCCCCGGUGUCCACGAUAAGAAGCCGGUCAGCAUCCUGAAGAGCGAGCAACUGAAGUGGCACCCGGACAAGAGCGCGAUCUCCCUAAACGUCUUGCAAUCGGAAGUUCGAGAAGAGGGACGCAGGCUAGCUGUUAUUGUAUCGGAUCAGCGUCGCAAUCAGCAUAGGAAUGCGUUAGUAGUGAGCUGCCUGUGCCCUGCCGGGGCCUCUGAUGGCGUGGCGUGUCUCGGGCGUGCGUGCACGUCGAAAGGCCUGAACGUCGAGAUUCGAACUGACGGCGACGCGGCGGACACAGCCAGCCUACCAUACAUAGUAAUCGCCUUGAUGGUGCCGAGGGCGCGGCACGCCACUUGCGGACGGCAGAUGCCGUCGGUCGGCCUCCUCGACCCUUCCCCCAUGAUGUCCCAGCUCCCUGGCUCAGAGCACAGCGCAUGCAGCGCCGCUCGCAUCUCCGGCGUCUGGGGCUUCCGUGGGGCGUGGACGAUCGACGGCAGGCGCGAUGAGGCGAGGGUCGCAGGCUCUGACAGGUCGGCGCCUCCCUCCCGGCUUCUGCAAUGUUUGGCUCCUUCUCGCUCGCUCCCGGGCUCGGUCGACGCGUCGGACAUCUCCCAGAAGCCUCGGCGUCAUGCUGGGGAUGCGCCGCGUCCGUGCUGGCGUGGUCUCGCGAGCGUCAGUCACGGCUGGCCUACCGCCCUUGAGAAGAUCCGUCUCUCCCGCUGGCGCCAGGACCGGGUUGCCGCUCUUCCGUGUGAUCAGCUCCCAUGCGUAGGACGACCGACCGCAUCGAUGGCGGCCCGUCGUGCAAAUGAACCAACGUCCCACUCGAUCACCAUGGUCAGCAGAGACCGCCAGCGGGUUCUCAAGAGUGCUCGGCCUCGGAGCGACCUCCAGCUUGCGUUGAAUAUUCGUCUGCUAUUCGACCGUUUGCUGCUCAGACCCGCCGGUGCUUCGACGAUCACCUUACCCAACGGGAGCGAUCUCUGCAACCCGAAGAUCAACACGACGUCGAUCCUCGACUUUGUCAACGACGAGUCGGCUGCUGCGAAGCUGGUGGCCGAGAGCUCCUCCUCCCACGAUGCUGCUGGUGGUCGUGAAAAUGGCGGACGACAUCAGGCGGAGAGUACGCUACCGUUACGCGAGACGGCGAUAGGCGGGUGGGGCGAGGAGGCGUACGAUCCGACGCUCACUGCAAUGCAUCUGGCCGGAGGUCCUGGUGAACCGCCAGCCGUUGGCGGCGAGCGCCUCCCCCACGCCGCACUUCUAUUCGCUGCUGCGGCCGAUAUGGAGGUGCUGCUCGCACCUGCGCGCCUCAUUGGCCGGGAUAACCAUAACCUGCUUGUCCACCUCCACCUCCCUGUACUGCUGCUGCUCACGCGCCUGCUAUCGCGUCCUGCGAAUCUUCAGCACCCGCUCACGACAGACUGGCGGCGUCUCGAGGAGCUCUUCCGGCUGGACUCGACAGCGUCGGUCCUCAUCGGACCUGUGCGUCCCCGGACGCUCGAUAUCGUCGCGCCUCUGAUCACCGACCUCCUGCGCGACCGCGUGAAGGCAUCGCGCAAAUGCUUCAAGCUCGGAUCCUCGGACCUUGUCUUCGCGCACACCGUGAUCCGCAUCGCGGGCGAGCUUCGAGAAACUGGUCUGCGCACGGGCGAUGCGGAUAUUCUCUGGUACCAACCUCACGAAGCACAUACGCACUUGUGUCUGGGCUGUGCCUCGCGAGCAUGGGUACCGCUCGAUAAUAUUGGCCAAUUUUUGUUACGAAUGCGUGGCGCUUGGUUAUUCUCACUGCCAACUGCGGCAGUGAAAUUCCCUGGCCCGCCUUUUGCGGACCCAUACACCUCCGAGGCACUCUUCUCCUGCAUCGACUACCUUGGUGCCGCGGUGGCUAUGCCCGUAUGGUGUGCAGUAUUCUGCAGCCUUGGCGUCUAG